AUGGGCACUGGGGCCCCUGGUUUUGGAGGGGCCAUGGGCACUGGAGCGCCUGGUUUGGGACGGGCCAUAAGCACUGGAGCCACUGGUUUGGGAGGGACCAAAAGCACCAGGGCCCCUGGUUUGGGCAGGGGUAUAAACACCUGGGCCCCUGGUUUGGGAGGGGCCAUGGGCACUGGGGCCCCUGGUGGUCUGCUUGGGCAGAGUGUAAUUCAGCCUAACGCACUGGUGACAGCUCAGCUUGGAGACACCGUGACUCUCCCAUGUUUCUAUCCGGAUAAUGGAGUGCCUACAGUCAGCUGGAUAAAGCAACCACUUGGACAGAAGCCUCAGCCUGUCGCAAAGAUGGUGAACUAUCAAUCAGAUGCUGUGUUUUUGAAUGAGUUUAAAAACAGUACACGUCUCAGAGCUAAGAAAGGAAAGGGAACCUUUAACCUGACUGUCUCACAUGUAGAGCAAUCAGAUUCAGCAACAUACUACUGCACUUUUAUGGUGUUGGAUGAGAUCAGCUUUGGAGAUGGAAGUACGUUAAUGGUGAUGGGGCCAGAGUCCCAGAGCAGGACAGUAGUGCUGCAGCAGCCCGAGUCUGAGUCAGUGCAGCCAGGAGACUCUGUGACUCUGCAGUGUACAGUACACACUGAGACCUGUGCAGGAGAACACAGUGUGCACUGGUUCAGACCGGGCUCAGGAGAGUCCCCUCCAGGAAUCAUUCACACCCAUGGACACAGGAGUGAUGAGUGCCAGAGGAGCUCUGGGACUGUGUCUCCCACACAGAGCUGUGUCUACAACUUCCCCAAGAGGAACCUCAGCCUCUCUGAUGCUGGGACUUACUACUGUGCUGUGGCCACCUGUGGGGAGAUCCUGUUUGGGAACGGGACCAAGCUGGACUUCAAGGCAUCAAGAUGA